GCCGCCGCCGCACGCGGUUCUUCUGGAGCGUGGCUCUACGUGAUGGAUUUACUGUUAGCGGAGGAAAGUUGGAUUUUGUGAUCGGGUCCCUGAAAAUGAUCAGAACAGGAGGACAUUUUUAAAAACAAGAAAAAGGGUUGGAUCACACACCGUGAGAGGAAAUGAACGGAGCGUGGAUACUCUUCUUCCUGAUAGAAGAGGCUGUUGCUCUGGCGCAGAGAAUUAAAGACUCCCCAAACGAACAGGGCGUCCAGAGCCCCAACCAGAAUGACUGUGGCACGUGGGUCCGUAACAUCAAUGGCGGCGUGUUCACGUCGCCCAACUACCCAAACACCUACCCACCCAACAAGGAGUGUGUUUACAUCCUGGAAGCUCUCCCCAGACAAAGGAUUCAGUUGGCUUUCGAUAAGAAUUACUACAUCGAGCCGUCGUUCGAGUGCCGCUUCGAUCACAUAGAAAUCCGGGAUGGGCCCUUUGGGUUCUCACCGCUCAUCGAUCGAGUUUGCGGAGGAAAAAAUCCGGGCCUGGUCACGUCAACGGGACGUUUCAUGUGGAUCAAGUUCACCAGCGACGAGGAGCUGGAAGGCCUUGGCUUCCGCAUCAAGUACACCUUUAUUGCAGACCCUGAUUUCCAUCUGCACGUGGGUGGACUGCUAAACCCCAUUCCAGACUGUCAGUUUGAAAUUGGUGGUUGGGACGGGAUUAUCCGCUCCAGUCAGGUGGAAGAGGAGGAACGAGUGAAGCCCGGUGAUGCUCUGGACUGUAUCUGGACCAUCAGAGCCCCCCCUCAGUCCAAGAUCUACCUGCGCUUCAUGGAGUACCAGAUGGAGCACUCCAACGAGUGCAAGAAGAACUUUGUGGCUGUGUACGAUGGCAGCAGCGCCAUCGAGAACCUCAAGGCCAAGUUCUGCAGCACUGUGGCCAACGACGUUAUGUUGGACAACGGCGUGGGCGUCGUGCGAAUGUGGGCCGAUGAGAAAAGCCGACUCAGCCGGUUCCGCAUGCUUUUCACUUCCUUUGUUGACCCCCCCUGCUCAGCAAACACAUUCUUCUGCCACAGCAACAUGUGUAUUAACAACUCUCUGGUGUGCAAUGGGGUUCAGAACUGUGUCUACCCAUGGGAUGAAAACCACUGCAAAGAGAAGCGAUCUAAGGGGCUUUUCCAUCAGAUCACAAAGACCCAUGGGACUGUCAUUGGUGUCUCUUCAGGCAUAGUUCUGGUGCUUCUUAUUAUCUCCAUCCUGGUCCAAAUGAAGCAGCCGAGAAAAAAGGUUGUAGCUCGGCGGCCCGGUGUUUUCAACAAGGCUGGAUUCCAAGAGGUUUUUGAUCCUCCCCACUAUGAGCUCUUCUCUCUGCGUGACAAGGAGGUGUCAUCAGACCUCGCUGACCUCUCUGAGGAGCUGGACAGCUUCCACAAGCUGCGGCGCUCCUCCACCAUGUCCCGCUGUGUCCAUGAGCACCACUGCGGCUCGCAAGCCUCAGUGGCGACUGGUGGCGGCAGCAUGAAGCACAGUCGCACCACCCUGAGCUCCAUGGAGCUGUCCUACCACAACGACUUCUCCAAGCAACCACCCAUGAAGACUUUCAACUCCACGGCCAGCUACAAGAAGGGCUGCUACGGAUACAAGCAGCACACACAGACUCACGACUGCGACCAGCAGGUCAUCGAGGACCGUGUCACAGAGGAGAUCCCGUGCGAGAUCUAUGGCCGCGGUGGUGGAGCGGGAGGAGGAGCUACAGGUGGUGGGGCAAUAGGGGGAGCAUCGGGGAUAGCAGGAGGAGGGAUUGGAGGGCCAGUGGGCAUAACAGGAGGAGUGGCAAUGGCCGGAGGAAUGGGUAUGUCAGGUGGAGUGGGUAUGUCAGGUGGAGUGGGUAUGCCAGGUGGCAUGGGCAUGCCAGGAGGAGUAGGUAUGUCAGGAGGAGUGGGUAUGCCAGGGCCUAGUGGCAUUGCUGGAGGUAUCAGUGGCGGGAUGGCAGGAGCCUGUGGAACCCUCAGUAUCCGUGGCAACAGCUCUCGUAACAGUACCACCAUAGUUGAUCCACAGCAGCGCUCCAUUUCCAUGGAUUUCUAAAAACGGAGAUGGGAGGACGAUGAGCAGAAGGAGAAUGCAGGCAGAUUUUGCUUUUCACUCGCCAAGAUAAAGACCAACAAAGAGAAGGCAGGAGUAUCAAUAGCUCUAAACUGAUUGCUCCCAUUUCUAUCCAAGCAGCAUUUAAUCGCUACUGUGAGUAACACUUCUCCAGGAUCUUCCCAACUCAUCGUCACAUGAGGAGAUUUGGGAAAAAUAAGAGACAAGAAAAUGAUGCACAAGAAGAAGAGAGAGAAAUGGAGGAAAAGGAAUGGUUCUGUUUUGUGAAGGGUUUCAGGUCAAGGAGGCAUGGAGAUGUCUGGUCUCCUCUCCAGUCUUCUACUUAAUUAAACUCUCCCUCCAUCAUAGACUUACAGGAGACUGUUCUCGCAUGCAGAUCCAGACUUCUUUCUGCUUGGUUGCCUAAAAAAACCCAUGACACCACUCAGCUACAGAGAGAGAGAGAAAAAAAGUUAAAGAGACUAAGUUUCUACAUUUAUCCACCUGCCAUGCACAGAUAUGUAUGAUAUAUAUAGCGUGUCUUCUAAUAAUUUAUCUGAGUCUUUUAUUUGUCAGUGUACUGUACCGUUGAUACCAGUAUAUAUUCAGCCUCAUGAUGAUGUUUGGCUGUUAACUCUUUAACCUUUUUCCAGAUGUUGUUCUGAUGAUUUUUUUGAAAAUGACUCAUCCAAGAUGUGGUGGCAAUAAUGAAGAGUUGUUGUCACUGGUGAUCAGAAACACAUCGAGGAUGAUGAUGAUGAUGAUGAUGAUGAUGUGAUAUUACAAUAAUAAUUGUGUAGUUUUCAUGCUUACCUCACACUUACAAAGAAGGUAUGCUCCGUUCAGUCUCUCCUCAGGAGGAGCACACAAAGAGACAUAUUUUGGUUAGAAGAGAAGAAAAGACUGUUCCCGCUCUGCAGCAUUCAGGCAAUAAGUAACUGUUGAUGAAGUAUGAAGUGUUUUCUUGUGAGGCCUGGACUGAAUUGAAAAUAGCAACCAUCCAACUCCCAAUCCCUGCAUUCACUUGGAGAAAAUGUAAUUUCUCAACCUCCCCAUGAGCUGGGAAUUUAAAAUAAGCACAACCCGUUUCCCUGCAGAGACAAACAUGUAGCCUAUAUGGGAUUCAUUUAUUAUUUCAACCGCUGGUUGUAUAAGUUCAUUCUGUUGAAUUAAAUGAGAACUUACUCAC